GUGAUGCCAGCGCGCCAGCGGGCACAGGUAGCGCAGCUAAAAGAUACACAGGGCUCCGACGCCUGCAAUUUCAGCUGCUCCUCUACUUGGUCUUUAGCCUCCAGCAAUGAGAGAGAUGGUGAGGGGCCGGGGGGGCUGAGGGGCAGAGCGGGCACAUUGUUCCGCAGGGUCAGGUCGCUGCAGGCCAAGGGCAAACAGGGCAGGGGUUCCAGGCUGAGGGGCUUGCGGAGGUUCCUGAGCCGCAGUGAAGAGAACAUUACAGGGGCAACGGGGCAGCAGCGGGAGGGCAAGAGCCGGAGCCUGGAACGCAGCCUGGCAUUCAAAGAAACGGCCGAGGUGCUGGCACCCAGGAAAUGCCAACUGCAGUCUCCCUGCGCCCAACCGCUCAAGAGCAUCCUGAAGCACCCGGGCACCCUCAGUCUCAGCUCCGAGGCACCGGGCAGCGCAGCAUGGAGACUGGCGGAGCGGCUGAACUCGCCUGUGGCCCUCUCGCCCGCGGCCCUCUCGCCCGCGGCCCUCUCGCCCUCUCACAGGGACUCCCGGAGGUUCCGGACCCCCUCCCCAGACAAGAGCCAAGAGGACAAGGCCCGCUUCUCCCAGUUCUUGGAUGAGAUCACUUUCCGGGUGCUGAGCCCAACCAACGGGCCGGGGGGCAGGCAGAGGGCAUCGGGGCGCGGUACUGAUGAGGAAUCCCCCACCUCUGAGCAGUGGGCUGUGCCAGAAGCACUGUCUGGGGUCCGGAGGUCUCAGGAACAUGGAGACCCCUCACGCAGGUCCGGGAAGUCUCCGGGGGGCUCGGUGGACAAUGAUGGGGUUGUUGGCCAGGCAGAGGCAGGGGUAUUACCUUGGGGGCUGAGGGAGGGAACUAGACAACAGAAGCCUUCAGUGGCCAAAUUGGCCAAACCUCAAACCUCAUCUGAGCUGAGCUUCAUGGACUCGGAGUCCCUCUCCUCCCACCUGAGCCCAGAGGCUACAAGCCCCUCCCCUAGAGCUUCCUCCUCAUUGGCCGGCAGUCACAGUAAGGAGCUGCAGACAGAAGGGGAACGUAUCCAGUUCCUGCAGCACCAGAACGAUGAGCUGCGCCGGCGCCUGGCCUACGCCACCACCAAGAUGGAAGCCAUGGAGCACGAGGUGGACGCCCGGGGGCAAUACUCGGAGAUGGAACUGAGUCGCAACAGGGAGGAGCUGGAAAAGCUGAAGGACAAAUUCCGUAGGUUACAGAACAGCUACACGGCCUCCCAGAGAGUGAACCAGGACCUGGAGGAGAAGCUGCACACUCUGAUAAAGAAAGCUGAGAUGGACAGGAAAACGUUGGACUGGGAGAUAGUGGAGCUCACAAACAAACUGCUGGAUGCAAAAACCACCAUCAACAAACUGGAAGAGCUGAAUGAUCGGUAUCGGCAGGACUGUAACCUCGCCGUGCAGCUCCUCAAAUGUAACAAGUCCCACUUCCGCAACCACAAGUUUGCCGAUCUUCCCUACAGACUGCAGGACCUGGUGGCCAAACACAUGCAGAGUUCGCCGACCCCCCCGGGCUCCGGGCAGGACAGUCCGUCUGGCCCCUGCCAGUCAGGCCCCUCCCAGUCGGACGUGGUGCCCACCUCAGUCAUCGCCCGAGUGCUGGAGAAGCCGGAGUCGCUCAUCCUGAACUCGGCCACAUCAGGCAGCGGGGGGGGCCCCACGGCGGAGGACGUGUUUGUGCACGUGGACAUGAGUGGCUCCGGGGGGAGAGCGAGGAACGGGGGGCGCCGGCAGCACAAUGGGGGUCUCCAACACCAGGGCAGCACCGACAGUGCUUCUGAAGAUCCGCCCACUUUUGAAAAACUCAACCCGUACCCCACCCCUCCCCCGCCCCACCCCAUGUACCCCGGGCGCAAAGUCAUCGAGUUCUCCGACGAGAAGGUGCGGAUCCCCAAAAACAGCCCCCUGCCCAACUGCACCUAUGCAACCCGCCAAGCCAUCUCCCUCAGCUUGGUACAGGGGGAGGAGGGCCCCGACCGGCACCGCACCGUGCCCAACAGCCCCGCCUCCACAGCCAGCUACCCGCAGCGGGCACGCAGCGCCGAUAACCCCGCCCGCUCCCCCGUCAGCAGCGCCGCCCCCAGCUCCGCCAGCUCCGAGGAGGACAUGUUGGCCAAUUGGCAGAGAAUGUUUGUGGAGAAGUCCGCGCCCAGCACCGAGGGCUGCCUGGCCCACCGGACCUCCUACAGCCGGGACUCGGCGGCCGAGCUGCAGAAGAGGUUCAGUCGCUCCAUGCAGGAACUCAGUUGGGCGGCGCAGGCCUUCUCUGAGCGCGAGAGCUUCGGCCAAGGUUGGGCGGGGGGCCGGGACGCCAGUCUGGAAGAAGAGGGCACGGUGGGAAGCCGCCGGGGGCACGUGCCCAGUCACUAUGGCAAGGAGUUCUCCCAGGAAGAAGCCCAGGACUUGCUCUCUGGGGCGGUGGAAGAGGAGGAUGAGGAGGAGGGGGCAGAAUAUAUGUUGCCCCCAGAGGAGGCAGAAGAGGAGGAGCAAAUAAUAGAGGAGGAGACUCUGGCAGAGGGGCGGGACGGGCUGAGUACGGAGACUCCUCCCCCAAACACUCGGCCCCACCGCAGCCCCAAACGUAUGGGCGUCCAUCACCUCCACCGUAAGGACAGCCUGACGCGGGCGCAGGAGCAGGGCAACCUGCUGAAUUAGGGGAGUGGCUAAUAUCUGGGGGGGCUCCGUAGCCGCCAUUCCCAUGGCAACGACACUCCAGGGGGCGAGGCGGGCGCCCGUAGGCCAUUGGCUGCCAACCCGCCUCAAUCAUAAUAUGCAUUUAUUAACACUACGUUAGGGGGGGGGGGGGAGUCUCCUCCUCCCUUUAUAUUGUGUCCCGGGGCCACAGAGGUGCCAGCUGCUUCCUAUUGGAUGAGGCACCAUGGGCACCAGGCAGUAUUAACUCUUCCAGUAUCUAAGGGCUCUGCGCCCAGCGGUGCCGCCUUGGCAAGGGGGCCGGCCCUUCAGCCAUUCCAGCUGCUCCGUGUGAAUGUAAGGGUUAAAUCUCCUACUGGGAUCUUCCAUGGGGGGGGCAAUGGAGUUGCCAUGGUUACCACCGUUCCCAGUGUGCAAUAUUUCACGUCUGUUUUUUUUAACUGAAUUUUGAGUCUUUAUUGGACUUUCUCCCCCCCCCCGACCCCCCCCUCCUGAUGCUUUGUUUCCCUGUAUUGGGGGGCGCAGGGUGCUAUCGGGGGGGGGGGGGGGUCUCAUCUGGUUUAGUUUCAUUUUGUUUGUUUUUGGUUUGUUUUGUUUAAUUGUUGCAAUAAACAGUGUGCGGUGUCCCCGCCCCUCCCGGGGGGGCCCUGGUUCUCUAACCGGUCCAACGGUACCAGAACCCCCAGCUGUGGGACUCUAUGGACCCCUUGCACCCGUCACCUUUAUGACACACAGUAUGUAAAGCUGUACGAUUGGCUUCCAAUAGAUCUUGUAACCUAUAGCAACCAGGUGUCUGAUGUUUUUAUUUCAGUUGCUAUGGGUUACAAGGCCUAAACACUCCGGUGCAAAGGGUGCGCAGGUCCAUGGUUGGGGAAUCAUUGGGCACUGGGGCUUAUUCUUCUCAUUUUUAUUACCCCCCCCCCCCCCCCAGGCUGCUCUGUGUAUUGGCUUUGUGCCCCCAGACUUGUACCGGGGGGGCAGUAUUACCGGCAAUGUGCCCCCCUAUUGCCCCCGCCCCACAGAUCUCAGACUGUUAAUCGCAUUUAGUAUUAUUUUCCAGAUUUUUUUCAGAACUGUCUAUUUUCUGAGGAGAAAUAAAACUAUUUUAAAAUA